AUGGCGUCGAGGAAUUCCGUUACCGGUUUCGCUUUAUUCACUUUUGUUUUCGCCGUCAUUUCAUCUCUCGCCAACGCUCAAGCUCCUGCUCCUGCUCCCACCAGCGAUGGUACAUCGAUAGAUCAAGGGAUUGCGUAUCUGCUAAUGGUGGUGGCGCUAGUGCUGACGUACCUAAUCCAUCCUCUGGAUGCAUCUUCUUCCUACUCCUUCUUCUAA